UACUUUGUACAAUAUAUAAUUUAUUCCAUGAAUAAAUGUUUAUUUUUAGAAUUGAAAUUUAUAUUGAAUAACUUUCUUUGUCUAGGGUGGAAAAUGUUGUGCUGAACAUAGACCUCGCCCCCACAUUCUUGGCCAUGGCCGGGGUGGAAGCACCUCCACACAUGGACGGUCGCUCUUUCUAUCGGCUGCUUUUCCGGCGCAAGAGGCUGCGCGACAGUGUUCCAUGGCCUGACACAUUUCUUAUCGAAAGUAGUGGCAGGCGAGAGACUGCAGAGAUGGCUGCGGAGACGAAACUACAGGAGUCUCUCACUAACAUCGAGAAGAACCUGACACAGACUUUGGAGCAAGUAGCAGCAGGUGAAUCAUCAGCUCAAACACAAAACAACCACAAAAUUUCAGAAGAUCCCCAGCUGGAUAACCAAGUGAGUGUGGUAGUCACUGGCAACAAGCUGGAGCGUUUAGCCCUGGAGUGUCAGAGGUCGGAGCUGCAGGCUCCUUGCCGGCCGGGACAGAAGUGGCAGUGCAUAGCUGAUGGCAACAGAUGGCGAAAACACAAGUGCAAGCUGCGGCCCACUCUGCCCAGGACUAAGGCAAGGAAGUGUGCAUGUUUCACACCAAGUGGAGUUAUGUACACAAAGUUAGAAAACGAUGACUUCACCACUCAUGUUACUAGGCAUUAUGCGAGGGGAGGGAAGGGAGAUGACGCACUUUUGCUGAGAGCAGGACGGACAGCGAGAAAGACGAGUCACAAUAACAGCGAGCAGAACGACGUGCCAUUGAGCAUUAAGACUCCGACUUCCCCUGACAGUAGCGAGGAGUUCAAGCGAGAGAUGGCUCAGUGGAUGGAGAGUCAGAAGGAAGAACAGUUCUUGGGACUCGCUAGCGAGAACUUGAGAAGAAUCAGACGACACUCGAGAAUCACAGGAGUACUAGAUGAGCUCCUCAACGUCAGAGAUAGAAUCCUCAAUUUUGAGGAUGUGGACAAUGGAACAUCGGAACUGAACUGUACAGUGGGUAGCGUGAAAAAUAUCAGCUGCAGUGAUUCUGUGUACAAGAGUCCAGAGAGCUGGAGAGCCACACAACAACGGCUGGAGUUGGAAAUUCGAAAGCUGCGGUCCCAGCUGGAAAAACUCAAGGAAAUAAAGAAGUUCUUGAAGGAUAAAAAACCGUAUGACAGAAGUGCUGAAAAUACAGACGAGGACACUGAGAGCGCCACAGACGAAACUGGAGUCGAAGAAGAAGAUGACUUCUUUGAUGAAAUAUUUGAUGAGGAUGAAACAACAAUGGCACCUAUAACAGAGAGAAGUUUUGGAAAACACCGGAGAAAAAACAAGAGCAGAUUCUAUGAUUUUGGGGUGAACGGAACGAUCUUAGGAGAUGUCAGGAGAAAUUUUUCGGAAAGUGGGAACGAUGACGGUGAGAGAAAUGCGAAACGGAGGAAACACAAACUCGUGUCUGAGAAUACGGAGGUGAAUACAUUGAGCAGGCAUAGGCAUAGGCACAAGAGUGAAGUAGAUUUGCGAACCACUACAACCACCGAACCUUCUGCUAAUCUACCACUGCCAACGAGCCAGGGCAAAAAGGAUUGGCCAGGUCCGGGGCCAGGGAGGAUAGAUGUUACCAUCCUGGAGCCAGUCCUGAGUCAGACACACACCAGGAGACCUGUAGAUCUGUUUCCUCCAGACACAUGUUACUGCGACCCAUACCUGUCAUCUCACAAGGAUGAGAAGGACAUUGCACGAGAGGCACGUCGACGGAUGAAGGAGGAACGUCUGCGCAGGAAGGAGCGGAAGUUGAGGCGGAAAGCAAAGUUGGAGAGCGAAUGUCUUGCAGAGAAGAUGAACUGUUUCAACCAUGAUAACCAACACUGGCGAACCCCUCCCUUUUGGACAGAGGGGUCCUUUUGUUUCUGUAUGAACGCAAAUAACAACACUUACUCAUGCCUUCGCACCAUCAACAAGACUCACAAUUUCCUGUAUUGUGAGUUCAUUACUGGUCUCGUCACAUUCUACAAUCUUCGUCUCGAUCCGUUUGAGCAAUGGAACCGAGCGUCUCUCCUGACACCUGACGAGCGAUCACAGAUGCACGACACUCUGACGCGACUCAAGUCGUGUCGCGGAGUGCGUCAGUGCACUGUCACGAGGCGAGGUACCACAACUGCCACAAUACCUCUCAAAACUGGAGACCGGGAGGACAAGGAAAAGACUUCGUAACCGACUGAACACUUGGCUUCACUCCGAUCCAAUGCAGCACAGUAUUUGUCUCCUCACUUCGGGUUCAGUAUUAUAUGUGAUAUUUUAUUUCUAUAUGUUGAUACGAAUAUAACAUGUCACGUUUCACUUAGUCCCACCAAAGUUUCAAUAUGUAUUAUCAAGUAUUAGAUUUAUUUCUUGCGUCUUGGUGUAAUAGACUCAGAUUAUUAUUCUAAUACGUACCGUGUUAAGUCCUUUCCUCUUUUUCUUAACAACUAACCUCCAUUCAUCACUAUCAUAUGUUAAGUAUUUACUCUGCUCUCACACAUUCAGUGUAUGAAUUAGUAUUAGAUAUUUAGACUGUUAGUAUUAAUUAUUAUAAUUUAUUUAUUUAUUUUAUAAAGUAUUUAUGAUAUUAGGCUUUUUUAAUUAACUCUGAUGUUAAAAUAUAUUGCCAUAAUCACAUUCUUAAUAACAUUAAUUUUAUAUUUCAAUUUUAUUACGAAUAGAAAUGUUUUGACUAUUAUGUUUUGUAUGGUAAUGCCACUGAUAUGCAAUGCAGUAUUAGUUUAAGAUUUGUAUUUCACAUUUUAUUUUAAAUCAUACAGAAUGAAUGAAUAUUAGUAUAUUUUUUAGUUUAAUUUUAACACUCUUCUUUAAUGUUUUUCAACAAUGUCUACACUGCUCAUGUGUAAUAAAAUGUAUAUUUUAUACAGCUUGCCUUAAAAAUGAUCUUUGCAACGAAAUACUCAACGCCCAUGAUAUAUUAUAUUUAAAAAUAAACGAUUUACAAGUUGGUGGUGUAUGAAAAGUUAUAAUAAAUUUAACAUUAAUUGUAUCCACCAAAAUUCAAGGUUUAUAUUAUGUAAUUUGUCUUAUUGAGUUUUAGACUGAUAUUGAAUUAUGUGUUAAGUACUUGAAUUUAUAACCAACUCUAUAGUUAGUACCUUGAUGAUGUAUUUGUGUAAGGGUUGCAUGUCUAGUAGAAGUAAAUAUAACUGUGGAUAUUAUAUAUCUAGCAAUAAUAGUGUGUUAGUACGUUUAUUAUUUAUUAGUUACACAGUUCGUUUGUAAGUUUGAAUGAAUAGUAUGUAAUGUACUACCCUAAGUAAUAAAACAAAUUACCGAUUUAAAAAUGCAAUUUCUUAUAAUUCUUAAAAAUAGGAUGGACAGGAAACUUUAUGAUAAUUUGCAAAUGUACAUACAAAUAAUUAUAUUUUCAUAAAUGUUUACAAAUAAUAAUGCAUAAAUAUUUAUUUUUAUAAUUGUAAAUUUAAUAUUGUUAUAUUUCCCUGUUGUUUUUAUCAAAUAAACUUGCUGUUUAAAAAGUC